CUUGUAGUCGUCGCAAUUGCUUAGUAGGACAGUUUUAGUUCACGAACACAACUGAUUAGCCACUUGCUUUGUCGUUACACCGUGAUGAAAGAAAGUGGGCGUGACUCUGUUACUAACGAUUGGUACGAGCCUUCUGGAGAUGUUUUGGCCAGCGAUUUCUUUCAUGCGACUGUUUGGAUGUUACUUGCGAUUGGAAUUAUUGGCAACAUAUUGGUUGUGGUGUGGAGAUUUACACAGAAAAGAGAUCAGAGAUCGUCUCCUCUCUCAAUCCUCAUCAUCAUGCUAGCAGUUUCAGACUUCUUCUAUUGUGUUCACUUGCUUCUUCUCGAGAGUCUAGUGACUGAAUCACAUCUAAGACCACAGAGGCAUUAUUUUUGGCAGAAAAUGAGUUUUGCAUGCAUCACAAGCUCUGUUCUGUCUUGGUUCUUUUGUCCCACAGCUCAAUGGGCAAUUUUUAAUAUAGCAGUUUACUCGUUUCAAGCAAUGAGCGAGUUCUGUUCUCGUUGUUGUUGCUGUUCACUAGUUCGCAAGCGAAAUCUGGUCAUUAUAAUCAUUUUCCAAGUUAGUUUCAGUGUUGCUAGUAUGUUUCCCAUGAUUAUAGUUCGGUAUACUAUUGAUUAUCCGAUUUUGUUUCCUUCAUAUGAGUAUGACCGUUCUAACUACAGCUGGAUAAACUUAACACGAAGUGCACAAAUUACCGAAAUCUUUGGACGUUGUGCUUUAGUUCAGUCAUGUGGUUUUGGUAUUUGCAUCAAUAGUACCAGAUUUUCAGUCUCACAUCUAAGUCACACCACUGCAAUAAACGAAAGUACCUUCUGUGGUACCAGUACAAAUUUAGACUCCGAGAACGUUUUGGGAGCAGCUGUAGCAUCUUUAUGUACUGUUCUUACAUUGCUAUCUGUUGUCCUCUAUUUGAUGGCAUGGCAGUGCCUCACGGUUGACCGAGCCAGAAUAUCUGAAAUACUCGAAUUUCAAUGGCGGUUGAGAGUAAUUGUUUUCUUAAACACUCUAUGUUGGAUUGUCUCAACUGCAUUUCAUUGGACAGGAAUAUUUGGCGUGUCACCAAAUGGCUCUAGUAAUGCUCGGUUGGUAAACAAUUUUACUGCAGCAAAUGUUCUUCUCAUCUCAACUAGACCAGCAGUUAAUCCUCUCAUCUACACUCUCACAGGAAAGAACUUUUGUAAACGAAUAAAAUGCGACAUAUCUGUAGGACGAAGCAAUUCCAACUACCAUGGCGAUCGCACUCUAGGAGUUGAACGUUUCAGCUGUAUUCCAUGUGCCAAAUGUGUUCACCGCUAUGAAGACAAUGAUCCAGAUGAGCAGAGCAGUCUCAUGACGUCUAUCAAUGAUUCAAGCCAAGAUUCUGUUAAUUUUGGAACUUUUGAUCGUGACAUCGACGUUCCUGCUCACAGAAUCUUUCGACGCGAGGAUUUGAUAUAUGAUCCAAGACACGCCUUGAUUGAUAUAGGAGGGUUUGCUGAUGUAUACAAAGCAGUCUUACAAGGAAAUACUACGGUUGCAUUUAAGAAAGCAAACAUUAGAGGAUCUCAUUUGACAAACACACGGAUGAAAGAAAUUAUGAAGGAAUAUUCUGUUUUGCUUGCCAUUCCUACUCAUAAACACAUUGUCCAAAUCAUUGGCAUCUGCACCGAUUCUCGUCACUUUGGUAUCAUUUUAGAGUAUAUUGAUGGCGGAGAUCUUUCCACCCUGCUUUCUCACACAUCUGACUCUUACAUGGACAAUUGGAAGAACAAGCUGGAUAUGACUUGUCAAAUAGCUGACGGCAUGAAACAUCUUCAUAGUCUUCACCCACCAGUCAUUCAUCGUGAUCUCUAA